UAACCUACUUUCUUCAGUUAAAUAUAGUUUUUUAAUUAAAUUACAGGCAUGUUAUUUUAUAUGGGUUCAACAUAGCAAAGCUCCAGAAAGCACCUUGAAUCUGAAACCUCCUAAUUUUUAACUAAUGUUUUAAUGGAUAUACAACAAAACACUAAAUAAGAGUUUUCUCUCAUAAACGCAUAAUUUUGCUUUCAGAGGACAUACCGUUAUAUAUUAACAGAACAGAGUAACGUUAGCUUCUCGUUGAGCCCCACAAAAGAAGAUAACAUGAUAGCAAAAUUAUUUGUUGUGUUUAACUGAAGUAUUUGGAAAAGGAUUGAAGUUAGAAGUGAAUUAGAAGAGAAAAUUUAUAUUUAUUUGGGCGAACUAACGUUUUGUUUACCACAAGGGGGCACCAACAUGCCUUUUAUUUGAACACAGACGAUUUCUAGCGGAACUCAAGUUGUUUGGUUUCUCUUUCUGCACGGAACAAAAACAUUGCUUCACUUUUCAACAAGGGAUGCGCGAAGAGGCCGAUUACCCAUUUACAUUGAGUAAAGUAUCAGAUACACAGUUUAAUCCAUGGGUCCACCAACAAUCAAACGUCGCCGAAUGGGAGAGCUGGAGCCGUGGGUCGAGAAACUCAUUCAAGACUACGGCAAAAACGACAGUGAAUUUAAGACUGUCAAAGCUCAUGUUGUCGGCGUGUGUGAUCUGACAGAAUCGCAGCGGACGGAGCACACAGACACCUGCAUGAUGUUCCUGUCCGACGGGAGCGCGCUCAUUCCCGCGGUGCUGAGCGGAGCCGCGUGGGAACAUCUGCUGAAAAUGAGUGAUAUAGACUCCUUUUCUGGCCUGAUCAAUGCUGUUAUUUAUGUACGCGACUUCAAACUGGAGUUUCACAUGAACCCUGAUCUGGCCUCUUGCCAGUUUUACUUAAAUGUCUAUCAGAUCCACACCACAUGUGUUUCCUUUAAAUCCCACCAUCCACCCAGCUGCACAUCACUCCCAUCAGUUAGAGAACAGAUUGAAAAGACAUGGAGAUCUCUCAGAGAGAGUUCAGCCAACUCGCUUAGUUCAGCAUCUGGGGUCUCUCUCUCCUCUCUGUUGGGGGCGUGGCAUAGUGACAUUAUUGUAAAUAUACUAAAUGAUGCAAUGGAGAAAAUAACAAUGUCUGCAACACAUUGUCCAAGUGUGACACCUACUCACUGGCAUCGAGAGAGACUUAACUGGAAGGUACAGGAGCAGUUCGCUGUCCCCGUGCCUUUUCUUCUCAUCCCAGAGGAGCAGAGGGAGCUGAUGACAGCUGAUCCCAGUGCCGAUUGCGAGAGUCCAGGUGUUGUGGCUCCGCCCCUAGAAGAAUCAUAUCAAGCCAGCUCAUCAACACCAAACCAAACAUUAGCUGCUGAGGAUUUAAAUGAUUCCGGUCCAAAUGAAAUGCAGUUCACCCCGGACCACACAAGACCAGAGGUUUUGUGUGGAACAGGGGAGUUUACUGGGGAUGAAGAAAGCCCAUGGGAUAUGUUUACUCCGGCGCCAGAUUUAUUAGAUACUCAUUCUCAGCCAGAAAGCCAAUCACUAUUAAAAGAAACAACUACUCCGUUGCCCUUAGCAACAAGCACCCAAUCUCUGAUCUCAAAGCCCAUUUCAGAUGUGGUGUCAGAGGAUGCCAUUACUCUGGCUCAGAGACCACAGCUAACCCAAAUCAGCCCGCCCCACUUGAGUGGCAAGUCUGACAGAGACCCUAGUGAAGAGAAUGAGAGAGAAAAUCCAUCGAGUCCUCCCUCAUGGAUCGUUCAGAACACAGCCCCACCCUCUAAAUGCACUUCCAUACUGGCUCCACCCACAAAUCCAAACUCAUCUUCUCCACCCACCAAAACCAAGAAUGUGAGUGUGCACUCAAAUGGAAAAGCUUUUUCUUAUUUGUAUCAUCCCGACCCUCAGGUGGCCACAGCCCUCAGCCGUUUACAAAUCCCAGGGCAGCUCAUACAAUGGGCGGUGAGGUAUCUGGGGACCUCUGACUCUGCAGAUAUCAACGCAGGAGCUGAUUCUUAAACCAUUGCCUGUUACCUCAAAUGACAUAAUGUUAUUACUUUUUUGUACAUUUUUUAUUUAUUUAAACUUGUAUAUAAUCCGAAAACAGUUAUAUAUAUAUAUUUUAUAAACAAAACGCAGUGUUAAUUGAUGCUUGUUCUUUGUUUUUGUUUUUUUUUACUAAGUGAAUUCAGCAGUGUGUCGAUUGGAAUAAAUUUUAAUAUCACAAUACUAUGACCUGUGU